GCUGCUGGCAGGGCAGUCAGCCAGACGCAACGAAAACGUGAAGUGGUGUUGCCUGGCGCUCUGCCGUCCGUUUGUGUCUUUCGUGUUGUGCUUCAGGAAACAGAAGGGCCAUCGUUGUUUUUAUAUGAGUGUGACAACAGGAGUGUGAGAAAGCGGAGGAGAGAGCUGUGGUGGAAUGAAGGGCAUAGAGUGAGGGUGUCCUUGUGGGUUCAGCACUCAAAGGCGGCUAAGCAAGAUAGGACUCCCUGCCACUCUGUCCUCCUCUCCUCCAGCAGUGCCCUCGCGACCCACAAGAGAAAACUGCAAGCACUUAAUUACACGCACACCCUUCACUCAAAGUUCAAAAUUACCAUGGCGAAUCCUACACCAUUCUCGGAGUCUCCAUCUGGGCAGGGGACCACAAAUGUCCCCAGGUCGGACUGCUCUUCUGGUCUCAGGUGAUGCAGGGGCUGAGGCAACUUCACUGAAAACAGCAGACCUCUGUGGCCACCAUGUUGCAGCAGAAGUUUUAUCUUGCUGUCCUGAUGUGGGUGUGGCUGGCUGUUAAGGCCAUGGGUUGUGGAAUGUGUGAGAAGACCAGUCAGAAUUCCAUGACUUGUUCGAGUACAACAGACCAACAAGUUUAUUUUUCUGUGGAGGUGUUACUGAAUGGAAAGAUUCGUCUGCAGUGUUUGCACUCCACAGAUGCGGACUACUCACUAAUGGAGGGUUGUGACUUCCCUUCAGUUACUUAUGCAGAGUUUCUUGGGUGUGCUCUUCCCAAUAUUUCAUAUAAGGAAGUUCUUUACAAAAUUGGUGUGAAUCCAGAAAAUGUUAGAUCCUUGGCUCUUUUGAAUGUGAGCAAGAAUGGCACAUUGUUGCAGCAGCAUCUGCAAGGACUGAAUGAUCUACAGCUGCUGCAGGUGACUGGCAUACACUCCAUAACAAGUAACGCAUUUAGAAGCACACUGAAGCUUGAGACUGUAGAAGUCUUUAAUAGCACUAUAAGUCAACUUGGUGCAGACCUUUUCCAUAACAUGACAAAGCUUCAGAUAGUAAUGCUGCAACAUAACAUGCUAGAAGAGCUUCCACCCAAGCUUUUUUCUGACGCUCCCAAUCUUCAUACCAUUCAGCUCCAUAACAAUCAAAUCGGUACCCUCCAGGAAAAUCUAUUCAAAGGCUUGAAACUUCUUAGAACCUUGGAUGUUAGCAAGAAUAAAUUGAAAAAAUUAUCUGGUGAUGUAUUUUCUGAUAACUACAUAAUAGAAUCAAUAGACAUUAGUGAAAAUCUUUUGUCAGAGAUACAGACAGGAACUUUCACAAACCUGCAGAAACUGAAGGAGCUGAACUUAGGCCACAACAGACUGAGAAUGUUGCCUUGGGCUGCAUUGAAAGAAUGUCAUGAUCUGGAAAAGCUUGAGCUCAACAACAACUUUUUGACUCAUCAUGGAAUCAACAAUGCCUUCCCACGCGAGUCUUCACUUAAAUACUUGGACCUCGGUUACAACAAUAUCAGCAUACACAGCAUGCGUAACUUUGCACUGCAUAAUCAAACUAAGCUGCAGUAUCUCUUCCUGAAUAACAAUAAUAUAAGUAUAAUACCAGACAGUUUGAAUAAUGCUUAUGUUGACCUUGUGAGAGUUGAUUUCUCGAGGAAUUCAUUUGAAGUUUUACAUUAUAGUUCCCUUAUCUUCCAAUCAAAUGUGGUGAAAUUAGAUUUCAAGUUCAAUAAUAUAGAGACUAUUGACUUUACAUGGAGUUUUUUGAUGGGCAGAAAGAAAACAUUGACCCUUGCCUUGGAAGGAAACCCACUAUUGUGUCAGUGCCUCAAUUAUGGUUUCCUGAGGGUAUUGCAAGGCUUGCCAUUUGUGAAAGUAAAUAAUACAUUGGAAAUCACUGUUGAAGACAGUGAAGAAGCAUUCUGUCAGUUUCCCAGUGGUGAGCUUGUGAACUUGAUGGAGGUAAAGACAGAAAUCCUCACUUGCCAGAUAACAGACACAGAUGAUGUUUGUUCCCAUGAUUAUAGAAUCCAUGAUGACAGGAUUCUCAUUGAUUGCUCCUAUCAGGACUUUAAGUCAAUAGAAUCCCUUAAUCUUACCAAGUACAGACGUCAUGAUUUCACUCUGAUCUUGGCAAACAACAACCUCACAAGCCUUGCUGGCCUGCAGAUCUACACUAAUUUACGUGAUCUAGUUGUGCCGUACAACAUGCUGUCCAGCAUUAAUGUGUCUCAUCUUCCACCCAACUUGAAGGCCCUAGAUGUGCGAGGUAACAAUCUCACCAACUUGUCACCUGUCAUCCUCAACCACCUGAAUGCAACUGACAUAAGCCUCAAGCUGGGAAGCAACCCAUGGCACUGCAGCUGUGACAUGUUGGAUCUGUUUCAGUUCCUCCAUGUCCCAUCUCGCAAGGUGAAUGACUUCACGGCACUGCAGUGUGAGGAUGGAGAGCUGGUGAUGGACCUGAGUGAACAUGACCUGUGCCCAUUCUUCAUGCAGCCAAUGGUCAUCGUCACCAUAGUGGUCAUCCUCAUCCUUCUCAUCUUCUUUGCUAUUGUUGGGACUGUGAGCUUCUACAAGUACAAGCAAGGCAUAAAGGUUUGGCUGUAUGCCCACCACAUGUGUCUCUGGGCCAUCACUGAAGAUGAGCUUGAUGCUGAUAAGAAGUAUGAUGCAUUCAUCAGUUACUCUCAUAAGGAUGAAGAGUUUGUGAUGAAGGAGCUGGUGCCUGGCCUGGAGUGUGGGGAGCCCAAGUACCGCGUGUGCCUCCACUACCGGGACUGGGUGCCUGGCGAGUACAUCCAGAACCAGAUUGUGCAGAGUGUGGAGGCAAGCCGGCGCACCAUUGUGGUCCUCUCGUCCAGCUUCAUUGAGAGUGUGUGGGGGCAGUUGGAGUUCUGUGCGGCUCACUCCCAGACCUUGCAGGACCACACCAACAGGCUCAUCAUCAUUGUCUAUGGCAAGAUCCCACCUGAGUCUGAGCUGGAUGAGAAGCUGAAACUGUACAUCACCACCAAGACUUAUGUGCGAUGGGGUGAUAGUAAGUUUUGGGAUAAGCUGAGAUAUAUCAUGCCCCACCCACCAGAUCUUGUGCAGAAAAAACGCAAGAACAUAGAUAAACUUGAACUUAGCAAGUCAGCCCCAAAGCACAGCAUGUGUUGAACAAACUGCUUGUGAGAGGUAGUAAAUAAUUAUAUAAAUACUUUGGCCAAAUUUUAUCACUUGUGUUCAUGAUGCACCCAGCCAUGGGUCUGGAAUUGAACCAGACUUGAGCCAGGCUUACUACAUUGGAAAAAUUGAGUUUUGCAUUUUCUUGUGAGCAUUCCCAACUUUUUGUUCAGCAGAAUCAGCUUUGCAAACUGGCACAUUGGGUGCUGUUGGUGUAUUUAGCAAGCCACACAAGUCAUGCGUGAGACAACAGGCGCUGAAAUAUCAGGUAGCAAACAUGUGCCUUCAACUUUAGUCAGUUGAUGUGAUGGUUGUCAAUGACUAAUGUCAAAUCUGAUUGAUCUCCCUUUGAAUUUUGCUCAUUAAUCAUGAUUAAGAAUUUAUUCUUAAGAGAUACUUUAUGCUAUGAUAUGAAGCUGAAUAUGGAAAGGGUGUUUGAGGGCCAGACUGUGCUAUCAUCAGCUUCUUCAGAUCCAGACCACAUUGGCCAGAACAUGUAUAGUUUGUCUUGACCUAAGUACAUUACUUGAGUGUUCCAGUGACAUUAAGAGGCAAUUGUUAGGUGGUUUACAACAUGCAUGUACUAAACUGAGUGGAACAUACAUAGGCAUGACUAAAGUACUACUGCAGUCAGUUUAAUGUAGAAUGUUAAGGUUACUUGUUUUAAAUUUCUCAUGGCCAUUCAUCAAGGCUGUGGAGAGCUGUGUUAACAACAUGAUAAUCCUCAUGUUUUCCAGGAAACACACAUGAACUUGAAGGUUGUGCUUGAAAUAGUUGUGAAGGACACUAAAACCUGCAUUGCAAAGGAGGCAACAAAACAAAAAUAUGGUAUUAGUUAGAUUUGAAAAAAUUCUGCUUGUGUGGUGAGCCUUUCCAGUAUUCAUUGUAUACCUGAUAGGUUGAGUUGAUGAGAUUCAGGUGAAAAGACAAAAAACUACAUUCCAUAGGGAUCUAAGAGGCCAUGCAUACAACUGUGCUAUGGUGAUGACAGUUUUAAUUCUUACCACACUGCAAGUAACUGAGGUAACUUGAGGCUCCAGUGCAAGAUCAUUGGAUCAGGAGGGACUUUAACAGUACCACCAAUACUACUCGUAUUACUAUUGGUGCAUCAUAGCCAGUCACCAUCACCUCCAUAUCCAUGAGCACAAUACCUGAACCAACAAGUGGAAUACAGGAGCAUUAGGAUAUACACCUCACAAUAUAUAGUCAUAAUAACAGUUACCACAGUCUAAGCUGAUCUGAAAGCCACAGGCCUUACAUCCUCCCACCUCAACUAACUGGUGCACUUACUGUUCAUGUCAUUCCUCCAAACUCAUAUUUUUUAUCAUGUCAAUAAUUGCUCUUGUCUUAAGCUGAUUUUUAUAGAAUAUUAAUUGGAAAACAAUGUUAUCUAAGUAUUAUUAACAGUUCAGAAAAACUGGACACACACACACACACACACACACACACACACACACACACACACACACACACACACACACACACACACACAGAUAUAUAUAUAUAUAUAUAUAUAUAUAUAUAUAUAUAUAUAUAUAUAUAUAUAUAUAUAUAUAUAUAUAUAUAUAUAUAUAUAUAUAUAUAUAUAAUCCAUAUGAUUGUCCAGUAGCAAGUGUCAACAGUCACAUGGGUGAGUUUAUAUAAAUAUAUUUGUUUUCAUAAUUUUUCUGAAGUUAACAAUUUUACUGUGGUACCUCGGUAUACAUCAAGCUGAAGUCCAACUUGGAUACAUCCUGUUUGGAUGCAAAAAAAACUGCUUGGUAUAGGACUCACUUGCUAGAACUUAUAUGGGUCAAAAUGAGCCAUGACACCAUGCACUACCCUUGUUUACAUCUCUUGAGACAAAGUUACAAUUGUCCAUGAGCAUCAAUACGCCCUUUGCUACCAUUCAGUGAACAACCUUCACUAUAACUUUGAAUUUUCACAUGAUUAUGUGUUUUUCGCACAAAUUUUUCAUAAAUUCAUUAACCAUGAAUUCUAAGAAAGUUAAUGAGAAGAGCCAAGCAAUGAAGAAAAUGGUUAGGAUCACCAUAGGGGUGAAAAGAGAAAGAUCACCCUGCAUCUUACGAGGUAUAUGUGAAUGAGAGACCUCUUGUAGAUUUAAUUUUAAAAUUUCCUUCACUUGUACACCCAAAGAUUUACACCACUGUAUUAUAGGCAAGGGUGCUAAUAUCAUAUUUUUCAACCAUAAUAUGAUGUAAGAAAUGUCGAAAAUGAAAAUGCGGCUCUGUUGAGUGAUGCACCAAGUGUGUUGUUGAUGUCUCAGCUGGGCUGCAUCUUUGCCUUGCCUACGUGACUAGGCAACUACCUCUCUUGUAUUACUGCAAUCAUGUAGGAUAUCUUUACUAUUGGGAUAACUUGCUUUUUGUUCAGCUACACUGCUAGCUUGCUUUAAACAUUACAUACUUAAAUACAUAAAAAACUUUUUUCCUGAAUAUGCCCUGUUGAAAUUUGGGUAUGUCUUAUAUGCCAUUAAAUACAGUAUGUAUUUCAGUAUUAAGCAGUGCCUAAAUGAUUUUAUACAACCCCAUCAAUGUAUUGUAUAAUAUGCCAGUAUCAAUAGGAUUUUUUUUUUCAUGGGAAUGGAUUAAUCAUUUUCCCUUUAUUUCUUAAUGGGAAAAAUUUGUUUGGUAUACAUCCUGUUUGGCAUAAGUCCAAAGAUCUGGAAUGGAUUAAGGAUGUAUACCAAGGUACCACUAUAUAUUGUUUUCUUACUGAUAUUUUUUCAGGUUAGGACAAGGCUAAUAGUGAUUGACAAGGCUAAAUAAUAGUGAUUGAAAAUAUCUUAAAUAUAUCUUUUUAAAAGUUGCAAAACGUAAAAUUUUUUUGAAGUUGCAAGAACAUGAGUGCACCUGCCAACAGGGAGGGAGGUCAGUUGUAGAUCAGUUUAAACUGUGGGACGUGUAUAAAAGGCAGAUGCGAUGUAGUAAAGUUGGACCACCUAUUGGACAGAGCAAGCUAUGAUAACUGUUGGAAUGUUAUAUCAAUGCAAUUAAUUAUAGGAAACAAGAUUUAACAAGUUUGUUAAAGGCUUCAUGGGUUUUGUUGCCUUAUUUUGUAAGAAGCUCUCCUUUCACUAAGUGGGAAAAUCUUCAUCCUCCAAGAUGGAGAGAAGUGCAAACUUGUGGUCUGGAAGGCUGAUCACUGUGUUGCCAUCUACAAAAGACCUCUAUGUUGUUGGAUGAGGGGAUCUGCAAUGGAAAGGUUAACAUAGAUGGACAGUAGAGCUGACAUGACCUUAGCAAGCAUGUCUAAGCAUGGUGUCAUGCACAUUGAGGACAUAAUGAAGGGGACAUCAUCUGAAGCACCUUGGCAUGCUGAAUCACAUAUCUUCAGCAACCUUAUUCUAAGGGGUGACCUUUAACCCUCUAAUUAACCGGUCUAAUUAGACUGUAGGUCUAAUGACCUACGGAUCAGAUGAGCCGCCAGAGACCAUUUUCCUUCUUCAUAGUAUCCUUUCAUAAACAAAGACAAAGCUUAGUGAUCAGCUUGGCUUUGAUGCUUUUUUCUCUCAUUUUGAGGAGGUGCUUGGUGCUGAACAUUUUGAUGCUUGACACUGCAGCAUGUUGGUUUUUGCUGUAAUUAAGCUUGGCAGAUGACCAGUGACUAUAAUGUAUAAUUCUUCAAGUGGGUAUUUCUUUACUCCAUCAAGACACUUCUUAGGGAAAGUUGGUUUGUGACUGCCAUUUCAUGCCUGUUUUUCUCUUGUAGAUGGUUAGUCUGGUGAUUCUAAUUACUCUUGUCUGCCAUUAAGCAAAAGCACUGUAGCUCAAACUGUGAUGAUGAGGACAUUUUGUGUGAUUUACUUCUUUGAGGCUGUUUGUGUGUUUGAAUUUAGAGUGACUGAGUAAAUCACUUGUGGUCACAGUACAUGUUGAUGUUUGGCAGUUUUGUAUAGGGAUAGCCAAUGUUCUGACAAUAAGCAUUCGUGUGUGUGUGUGUGUGUGUGUGUGUGUGUGUGUGUAUUUUAAAUUUUUUUGACAACAAUGUUCUGAUAAUAAUAAGCUGUGUGUGUGUGUGUGUUUUAUAUGUAGGAGGGGCACUGGCCAGAAAAAAAAAGAAAAAAAAAAGGUGCUGGUCCCUGAACACAGUUGAAAGUGUUUGUAAAAAAUACAGGAUAAGUGUCUUGAAACCUCCCUCUUGAAAGAAUUCAAGUUAUAGGAAGGUGGAAAUACAGAAGCAGGCAGGGAAUUCCAGAGUUUGCCAGAGAAAGGGAUGAAUGAUUGAGAAUACUGGUUAACUUUUGCAUUAGAGAGGUGGACAGAAUAUAUAUAUAUAUAUAUAUAUAUAUAUAUAUAUAUAUAUAUAUAUAUAUAUAUAUAUAUAUAUAUAUAUAUAUAUAUAUAUAUAUAUAUAUAUAUAUAUAUAUAUAUAUAUAACAUUUUUGUAAAGUUGUGUAUAUGGGAAAAAAUACAUUUAGAUGAGCAGGAAGAAGAACCUGCAAACAAAUGUACAGAUUCUAAUUUUUAUCUAACAAUAAAAAAAAACAAACAAACUAUGGAUGAUGUGUUUCAUUGCAGAGAUUCAGCAGUGAUAUGUCUUUGGCAAGGAUUCCUUGGAUAGUCUUCAUUUGGUGAAAUUUCACCUAAUUUAUUAUUAGAUAGAAUAAAUAAGACUAAUGUGAGGUGAAAUUGUAGAGUAUGUAACAAGUAAUGACAAUGCAGUAAAUAUGUAAUGAUGCUUCCUCCAAUUCUGGCAUUAGUAGUGCUGUUUAAUGUUGGUUAGUGUUUCUGUAACCUUAGUUUACUACGUCUAUAAUUCCAGAGCGUUGGCAUCACUGAAGGAAAAGAACAAGAAAGGAGAGGUUUGCAACCACAGCAUAAAAAUUAGUUAGUGGCUACCCAGUGACCACCAAAGUACCCUUAGAACUUAACCACCCUCGUGACCAACCGCUGGUCGUCGUCAACAACCGGCAGUCGGCACCUCCUAACAGGAGACAAGCACGUCAUUUUUUUUUUUUUUUAUCAUCAUCUCCGAGCAACAUUUUGCCGUACAACAGAUCAUCUGCUUCUGUUAGCGACAUGGAAGCUGCUAUGAACAUAUUGCAAUGCAGAAGAAUAGUGAUGUAAACUUUACCUCAACUCUGAAGGUUACACAACAUGGUGAUUAUUAGUAAUAGAGUGAUAUCUUUCUUAAUAAUGUUACUAAAUACACUUCUGAUGUGGAUAAUCCCUUCAUCCACCUAUAAACCCAAUUCCACUUGGUUCAGGUUGAAAAGGGAUACUUUCUUAGUAACGUGGAAGCUGUGAUCGAUUUUAAAAGUAGGUGACCACCUUUCAAGCCACACUGUCGGGACACUUGUGGAUGAGAUCCGCGUUGUCUGCUCGCCACAGUCACCCGCUACACUCGCUCGUCUGAAAAGGCUCGCUUCGAAAUAAUUAGAAUCUAUGAGAAGCCAUAAUCUCCGUGACUAGUGUCGCAAAGUCAUACUGCAAAGCUGCCCGUGAGUAAGCGCCCUUAUGGUGACAAUAUGUGCAUGAUUGUCUCCUUCCUUGGAAGUGAAUCAUUGGAAAACAUUACGUUAUGUUUUAUGAGAUACCUUUGAAAAUAGACGGCCUUCAUUUAGGCAAACCACACGUGUCUACAAGGCUGGUGCACUAACAAAAAGGGCAGCGGUGCAUGUCUGGCAUCGCCCGGCGAGGACAGACAACGCCUUCGUGGAAGAAGGCGACCUCCUUUGAUACACUUUUGAACAGUAGAUGGAUUGGGAAACGAUUAGCAUUUGAACGCCGUUACGAAUAAAGGAAGAAAAAAAAAAAAUGGCAGCAUAUACAAUACGAAAUUAUGUACAGUGUGCACUUAGGAAAGGUUUUCAAUAGAUUGCGUCUGUCUUUUCAUACUGCACGUGUCUUGAUGCAACACGUGGCCCUCCAGACACCAACACUGUCUUGAGCAGCCUGCCCUGGCCCCUUUUGCAGCAAGACAAGCCGCGCCUUCACACUCCGCGCAGCCUUCACAAACAUUCCAUCAUCUCUGAAUGAUCUAAAACUCUAAAACACAAGCAAGAGAGUUCUGCAAAGCCUCAAGUUACUGUUGCAUGUCUCCGGAAGCCUACUAAGACUCGAGAAUCUGUUUCUAGCGCUCCACCACGACUCCUUUGUUUCUGACUUCCUUAU